AUGGAUCCGUUUCGAAAGAAAUUCUCAGUUGAAGACAUCCCUGAUCUAGCCGGCAAGGUCAUCAUCGUCACUGGUGGUGCCACGGGAAUUGGUAAACAGACGGUAAAGCAGCUACUGAGGCACAAUGCCAAAGUAUAUGUUGCUUCUCGAUCGAAAGGAAAAUUUGAGCAACUUUUCAACCACCUUAAGUCAGCCGACCCGCAUAUGACUGCAGGCUUGAACUUCCUCGAGCUUGACUUGUCAGAUGCAACGAGUUGCAUCUCGGCAGCAAAGCACUUCACUAAGCUUGAGGGAAGACUUGAUGUCCUUAUUGCGAACGCUGCAUUGGCUGUUGUACCAGAGACAUUGUCAAGUGAUGGAAUUGAGGUACAGUUUGGUACAAACCACUACGGCCAUUUUGUGUUCACGCACAACCUUUUGAACCUGAUUCAAUACACUUCCGAGGCAUUUGGCGAGGCGAGGAUUGUCAUUGUUGCAUCGCACGCUCAUGCCAUGUAUAAGCCGGUUCUACCGGAUAAAAUCGAUUUUGAAGGCCUAAGGACGGAGGGACCGAACACUAUAAAGAGCCUUGCCGAUGUGCAAGCUAGCUUGCAGAGAUACGCACGUUCAAAGCUGGCGAAUAUAUUAUUUGCCCGGCAUCUCCACACGCAUUUUCAGGCAACAGGUUACUCCAACAUUCUUGUCAAUUGCCUCAACCCGGGCACAGUGGGCACUGCUCCAGGAACUGAUUCAGCUGCGCUGCCGCCAAUGUUCAAGUUUAUCAACUCUUCGGUCGUCCGAUUGAUGAGCAUACCCCCAGAAGACGGCGCUCUAACAAAAUUGUUGCUGGCUACAGACCCUGAGAUUAAGUUAAAGUCAUUGAGUGGGCGGUAUUUCGACGUUGGACCGCUUGCUGGAAAGUUCUACUAUGGCUACAGUUGGGAUGCCACAGACUCGAAAUUGUCUGAUGUUGCAAAGGAUGAGCAUCUCUCCGAGAUGCUAUGGAAUUGGAGCGUACAAGCGGAGGCCUCAAUUAAUAUUACAAGCCAGGUUGUGGGCCAAAAAUCCAACUAG